AGGACAAUACAAUUGAAGUGAAAAACCAGUAUUGGGCUAUUAGCACUGGGAGAAGAUCAGAAUUCUCAUGUGCAGAUUCUGGAGAUUGAGAAGCCUGCUUCCAUGGAGAAUAUUGCUAAUGGGGAGAUCUUUCAACUCGGUGUGAGCCGAGGAGAACCAAGUCUGGUUACUCCUGCGGAGGAAACAGAGAAGGGUCUCUACUACCUCUCAAACCUUGAUCAGAACAUCGCCGUGAUGGUUCGUACUAUAUACUGCUUCAAGUUGGAUGCAAGGGGGAAUGAGAGGGCCGGAGAAGUCAUCAGGGAUGCCUUACGAAAGGUUCUUGUUCAGUACUACCCACUUUCCGGGAGGCUUACGAUCAGCUCGGAGGGGAAGCUCAUUGUGAACUGCAGUGGUGAAGGUGCUGUUUUUGUGGAGGCACAGGCAAACUGUGCAGUGCAAGAGAUUGGGGACAUAACAAAGCCUAAUCCAUUAACUUUGGGAAAGCUGGUGUAUGACAUUCCUGGUGCAAAGAACAUACUGGAGGUACCUCCACUGGUGGCUCAGGUGACAAAAUUCAAGUGUGGGGGAUUUGUUCUUGGGCUAUGCAUGAACCACUGUAUGUUCGAUGGGAUCGGUGCUAUGGAAUUUGUCAACUCGUGGGGUGAAACAGCCAGGGGCCUGCCACUGAGUGUCCCUCCAUUCCUCAACAGAAGCCUACUCAGCGCCCGUAAUCCACCAAGGAUAGAACAUCCGCACCAAGAAUUCGCUGAGAUUGAAGACGAGUCUAUGGUUGGAGACCUUUAUAAAGAAGAAAUGCUCUACAACUCCUUCUGUUUUGAACCAGAGAAAUUACAAAAGCUCAAGAUGAAAGCCAUCGAAGGAGGAGCUUUAAGCAGCUGCACUACUUUUGAAGCCCUUUCAGCAUUUGUGUGGAGAGCCCGAAGCCGGGCAUUGAAGUUUCUGCCUGACCAACAGACUAAACUGCUAUUUGCUGUUGAUGGGAGGUCCAAAUUUAAUCCUCCACUGCCAAAAGGGUACUUUGGAAAUGGGAUUGUUUUGACAAAUUCUAUAUGCAAAGCAGGUGAACUAUUGGAGAAUCCACUUUCAUUUGCAGUUGGACUAGUUCAGAAGGCAAUUAAGAAGGCUGAUGACAGUUACAUGAGAUCAGCUAUAGACUACUUUGAAGUAACAAGAGCUAGGCCUUCCCUGGCUUCUACCCUGCUGAUCACUACUUGGUCUAGGCUUCCUUUCCACACUACAGACUUUGGCUGGGGAGAGCCUGUUCUAUCGGGGCCGGUGGCUCUGCCAGAGAAGGAAGUGAUACUGUUUCUAUCUCAUGGGAAAGAGAGGAAAAACAUUAAUGUGCUUCUGGGUUUGCCUGCUCCUGCCAUGAAGAUCUUCCAGGACUUGAUGCAUAUCUAGAUAAAGUUCCAAGUUAAAAUAGGAAUGAGUUUAUGUUCUAUGUGGGGGGGUUUGAACUCAGAGAAGGUUAGCAAGUUCACAGCAUUUCUAUUUUCCUCUGUUCUUUUUAGUUAUAUGGGCAUUUGUAUUCUGGGCUGAUUAAGCUCAACAAGAAAUUGUUCAUGUUCUUCCUAGUUAUACUUGGAAAACUCAAAAGAUAACUCUUUCUGAGAUGAUUACUCAAAUGCAAACCAAGGUAUGUGAUGUUCCAACACA